UUCCUAGCCAGCUAUUUACAGCCGCUAAAGCUUUGAAGGCCGACUUCAGCGCGUCUAUCUUGUGUUUCGAUAUAACUCGCUCUGUCUUCACCCUACCAUCGAUAAACGACCCUGUGCCCGAGACUUACUACCUCAACCCAUUGGAAAAGGGCAAAUUUCCAAAUCUGUCUGCAUAACUGUACCAAGCUUCGUUGUGGAAAUUGUUUUAAUAAAAGACUUGGCUCCACGGAGUCCUAAGCGCAGAGCUUUCAAAACAUGAUGGCAUCGGGGAUGAACAACUACGCGGGAGCGAGCAUGAAUGAGUACGCCGGCAUGCACGGUGCAUCGAUACGCGCGGGACCAUCGCGGUCAACGACGCGCUUCUCCGGCGCAGUGCGGAAUCCAGAACACGCGGACCUGUGGGAUCAGAUAAGCGACGAACACCGAAGCGAGAUCAACGAUUGCUUCCAUCUAUUCGAUAUGAACAAAGACGACCAACUUGAUUUCUCAGAAUUUCGUUACGCGCUACAAGCGCUUGGCUUCAGCAACUUGUCGCGUCCAGAUCUAAUCACAGCCUUCAAGUCAGCAGCCCAACCCAAACCCGAUUGGAAGCCAUUGCCAUUCAUACCCGGCCAGCCACAACCAUCCACCACGCCCACCGUCGUCGACCUGAGGUUAUCGCGCGAAGGGUUCCAGAGCAUAGCCGCCAAGUAUAUCGCGCAGCGGGAUCCGCGCGAGGAGCUGCUCAAGACGUUCGUGUUGUUCGACAAGGGCACCAAAGGCAUGAUCACCGUGGACGACUUACGCACCGUCGUGAAAGAAUUAAAUGAAGAUGUGCCGGAGAAUGAAAUUCACAGCAUGAUCGAGCAAUUCGACAUUGAUGGUAAAGGCGGCGUAAGUCGCGAGGAAUUUGUUGGCAUCUUUCUCGACAGGUGACCCGAAAUAGCCUUUGCAAGGAAAAAAAAUAAAAUAAAAUAAAAUGAAUAGGCAGUAAAGGCAAACACUUCUCGACAUGAGGGUCUGCCAGAUCCUC